GUGCGCAACUGAGACGAGGGCUUGUGAGAAUCGGGGCCACUAGUGUCAGGAGCCAUUGAAUCGCUAAACUACAGAGUUGUUGAUGCUGCCGUGAAGUGUGCUGGUUGGUCAGUAGAAACUGCCAAGCUUAUAUAUGUUGGAGCUUACAACUGCUCCUUUUUGGGAGAGUUAACAAAAAAGGAGGGGGUUGGGUGAAUCGUCGUUGACACUACCAGAUUUGUCUUUUUCGAUUUCAGACAAAGGAAAGAACAAUAAAAGACAUGCAUGUACAGUAACGGAGGAAGCAAAAGAGCUUUGCACAUUUUACAUGCGACCAUCUUUAAGAUAAAGCAGUGAGCCUUUUUCCAACUGCUCCAUUUCUGAGACAUGGCUUACAGACAAGUAACAGCAGGUAGAGAGAGUCUUGAUCACUUACAUAGGCUACAGUUGUCUCCACAGUCCAAGACACCAGACACUGUGCUGGAAUGGACUGAGCUUCAUAUAGAUUCUGCUGAUAUAGACAACCUACCAGAGUCCAUUGACAGGUGCAGAAAUGUUAAGAAGAUCGAUGCAUCACGUAACAUGUUAUCUUCUUUGCCACAGUCUAUAUUCAACCUGCCACACCUCACAGUGUUAAACCUAUCCCACAAUGCCUUCACUACAUUCCCCAUAGCACUGUGUGGCUUGACUAACCUAGAGGAGCUGAACCUGUCAGACAACCAGCUAUCUGACAUACCAGGGGAUAUCACUAGUUUAAAGGGGCUUAGAAUAUUAUUCCUCGAUAACAAUGCCUUUGCUACAUUCCCAGAAGAUCUAUGUGACUUGACUAACCUAGAGGAGCUUCACCUGUCAGACAACAAGCUAUCUGACAUACCAGGGGAUAUCACUAGGUUAAAGGGGCUUAGAAUAUUAUUCCUCGAUAACAAUUCCUUCACUACAUUCCCCAAAGAACUAUGUGGCUUGACUUACCUAGAGAAGCUGUACCUGUUUUUCAACCAGCUAUCUGACAUACCAGUGGAUAUCGCCAGGAUGGAGGGGCUUAGAUUAUUCUGGCUCCAUGAAAAUGCCUUCACUAUCUUCCCCAUAGCACUAUGUGGUUUGACUAACCUAGUGGAGCUGGACAUGGUUGACAACAAGCUAUCUGACAUACCAGAGGAUAUCAAGAGGAUGGAGGGGCUAAGAAUAUUCUGGGUUCAUGACAAUGCCUUUACUACAUUCCCCAUAGCACUGUGUGGCUUGAUUGGCCUAGAAAAGCUGGACCUGUCUCACAACAAGCUAUCUGACGUACCAGUGGAUAUCAGCAAGAUGAAGGGACUUAAACUAUUCUGGCUCAAUAACAAUGACUACACUACAUUCCCCAUAGCACUGUGUGGCCUGACUAAUCUAGAGAAGCUGUACCUGGAUAACAACAAGCUAACUGACGUACCAGAGGACAUCACAAAAAUGACUAAACUUCAGAUACUUAAACUGGAAUCCAAUAAAAUCACUCAUUUGCCACGUCAGAUCUGUAAUAUGGAAACAAAUUUAAAGGUGACAGAUAAUCCUCUGGUGCAACCACCUAAACAUAUUGCCAACAGGGGGCUAGAUGCCAUCAAGAGGUAUUUUGAGGCAUUAACUGACACCAAGGCAAUCCAAUCAAGCAGAAUACAGAUAAGCUUUCUUGGAGAAACAGAAGCAGGAAAAACUAGCAUUUCACGUACUUUGCAACUUGGACAGUCAAUCCUCACAAAGGAGGCAGACAGGACAAGAGUGGUGGAGCAGGGGACAUGGGAGGUUGACCAAGAUAUUGGCUUCAAUAUCAAUGACUUUGGUGGACAUGAUGCCUAUAAAAUAGGACAUCCCAUAUUUAUCUCCACUACAGGCUUGGUUUUCAUCACUUUCAAUCUUUCUAAAUAUGAUGCAGAAAAUGAGGGUCAUUUUAAGCUGCACAUUGGAGACUGGAUUGACAAGGUGCAAGCACAGAUACCAGGGAUACAAAUAGCUAUCAUUGGAACUCACCUUGAUGAGGUUGAAAUCACACAAGUAGAAACAAAAUGCUCUGCAAUAACCAGGCAUCUUGAAGACCAUGCAGAUAAAAAGAAAAGGUGGUAUCGAGCACAAAAGGAGACAUGUGAGAGCAAAAGAAAAGAAAUUCCGAAAGCCCAAGCAUCUCUCCGCCAAGCCUACCAAAGCAAAGUAGCUCAUCUUCAGACCUUGUAUGGUCAGAUGAAACCCGUCUAUGAGCAAAUUUUUACAGUGAGUUCAAAAACCUAUAAAGGAGUUCCAGAGCUGAGAGACUACCUUGUUUCUUUUGCCAAGGCAAGUGAUGAAGUUCUACCAGGAAUGUGGGUGGAAGCAGCCAAGAAUAUCUGCACCAAGAAAAUCGAAGACUCUGAAAACACACUUAGCUGGGAAGUGGUUGAAGACCUCAUUCUGCAAAAUGCACCUACAUCAUGGAAAGAGAAGUACUCAGAGAAAGAAAAAGAAAAAGAAAGAAUGAUUUGUGACAUCUUAAGUUUCCUAGCUCACCGUGGAGACAUAAUAUGGUUUGAUAGAAGCCUUUCCCUGAAGACAGUAGUUUUCCACAAGCAAGAAAUUCUAGUAAAUGUUCUCAAGGCAGUCCUGACUCAUGAUCAAGAUGAAGUAUCACAGAAGCUCCGGAGGUCCAUGAAUAUUACAGAAAUUACCGCACCUAAAAUAAAAGAAGACAUCUUCAGCAGAGGAAUUGUUUCUAAACAAGUUAUGAGCUGCCUGUGUGAGUCUUUCCGAUUGUCAAGCACUGAAGUUGAUGUCAUGAUAGAAAUGAUGCUGAAACUGGAGCUUUGCUAUCGAGUCCAAGAAGAUAAAAAAGAUAAAAAAAUCCUUAAACCCAGUACCUCAUUCCACUUUCCAUGGCUUCUCACUGAAGAAAGACAACCUGAGCUAGACACCAAAUGGCCCAGCAAGGUUCCUCCAGACACCACACAACUUACCCUGCAGGUUUUCUUUCCAUACAAAUGUCCAGAUGGCUUAUAUGAGAAAUUUUCCGUUCGUCAGCACAGAUAUCUUGGAUUCAGGAAGACCAUGCGAAUGGACUGGAAGGAUGGAGUGUAUGCAGAACUUGAGUGCUGCAAAAUGCAGCUGACACGGUGGCAAAACCAGUCAAAUCCUGAUGCAGUCAGCCAAGAUCCAGACUGGGUUAUCAGCAUUGCUGUCCGUGGAUCACAUCUCUCAGACUUGUGGGGUGUUCUCAGGCGAGGUCACAAUGACCUUAUGAAUAUCAUUAAAGAAGACUGGCCUGGGCUGUCAUAUAACAAGUACCUUGUGUGUCCCCACUGUGUGAGUGAGAACAGUGAGCACCCAACCCUCUUCCCUGGAGAGAUACUUGACCAAACCAUUGGGGCUACCUCCAAACCAAGACAGGUGCCAUGUGUCAAUUCUGGUGUAUCCAUUCCUGGAGACCUGGUUUAUCCACCGAGCUGGCAGGAAGUUCUGGAUAAAGAAAAACCUAUGAUUUGUGAAAAAAUCACAGAACCCUGUCUCAGGAACAUGUUGAAUGAACUCCUCCAAGAAGGCAUUAUAACCGACCGUGAAUAUGAAUGGUUAAAGCCAGACACUUCAGCUACUAGUGUGUUAUGUCCAAAGAAAACUGCUGACUUCCUGGACGCACUCAAAACCAGAGAAGACGAGGCGAGUCCCCCUCACGUGGAAAACGAUGGAGGUGGAUUGGAUGGAUUGGAUGACGAGUCCACAAUGACAGGGUUUACAAUAAUAGCUGUGGUGUGCUGCGUGGUGGGAACGUCCUUGGUCUGGGUGAUCAUUAUUUAUCAGACCAGGAAGAGGAGUGAGACAUACAGCAGUACACCUACAGAUAAGACAACUUUACCUGGUGACUUGACGUCAUAUAAUCCAUUAGAUGAGGAACGGGAAAGCUCAAAGUCGGACCAGUUCCUGGAGUAUCAGGGACAUGUGUUACCCAUGUUCCAGUCACACCCCCGGCACGCCAAGUCUGAAAGUGGGCGCACGGCCGCCAUCUUUCCAAGUGAUGUGGAGGAUGAUGAUCUAAAACAGUCAGUGUCGCUGACUUGUGAUGAACACCAGCCGGCUGCAGAGUCAGAGCACAGUUUAUCUCUGCCAAGAAGUGCAUCAGACAGUAGCUCUUCCAGCACACGGAGCACCAACAGCACUGGACUGGAUUCUUUGCAGACCUUUAACCCUCAUCCUAAACUAGUCAAUUACAAUGGGGUCCGAGACAGGUCACCAAGCCCAGUGGCCAUGAUUCAUCAGCCACCGCAGUGGUUUAACGCCAGCUCCCUGCCUCACACCAGAUCAACAGCAGAUAGUUAUCACUGCUCCAAGUCACCCACAGACAAUCCAGAUCUGUAUCCAGACUCUGAGGUUCAUCCCAAUCAUCACUCAUCCAGUGCCAGUUCUCUAAAGUCACCAAGUCACCAUACCAGUAGUAAUAGUAGUAGUCAUCCUCAGCUCAGCCAUCUCAGCUCACAUCAUAAUAUAGACUCUAGGGACAUCCCCAGUGAAAACAAUCACAAUCACAGACACUUUGAUAGUGCUUAACGCCGCCAUCGCGGAAGACAAGCGCCUCCUAUAGGGGGCAGGUCACAACACAGACAACAUGG